UUUCAUCGCCCAUCCUCUGUAGCUCUCUUACUGUUCUCCUUCUUCCUUCUUCUUCUUUCUCUCUUUCUAGCAUUCUUCUUCUCUGUUCUUGUCUUAUUUUGAUUUAUCUCAUUUGAAUUUAUCGGAAGAAAGAAGUCAUUUUGAUAGGUGUUUUCGUUACCGAAACGCGUAUCCGUUUGUUUCACAGAAAGCUGGUUGAGUGAGUGAUUGAGGGAUCAAAGCAGAAUUUGUUCCAGCAAUAUUCAUCCUUUGGAGUACAUAUAUGUCGAUGAGAUAUCAGAGAGUAAGCAGCCCAGAUGGUGUUCCUCUGGCUCUGAGCAAUGUGAAAAGGUCCAUCACCAAUGGCAGAAUUCUCCACACCACGACGAAUACUACCAAACCAAUCGUGAAUAGCACUAGUUGUUCUACUUUGGAAGGCAAAGGCUUCAGAUUCAGAUCCCCAUCUAGAACAACUCAAGACCAUAACACCACCCUCGAGGCUGCACCCACUUCUCCCCAAUCCGAGAACCACCACCAUGAUUCCCCACCACCACCAGCAAAGAACCACCAGGCACAGAUCCCGACCCAGAACCCGAAACGCGACAGGAGUCCAAGUCCUAGUGCGAGUGCCAGUCCCAGCCCCGGCCGGGGUGCUGGAGCUGGUAACGGAGACAUGCUAUUGCAGUGGGGCCAAAGAAAAAGGGCAAGGGUCUCAAGGACCGAUGUCCGCGUACCGACCGAUGACUCGGCUUCAUCUUCAUCGUCGUCUGCUGCUAUCAAAUCCCAGAGGAGACUAACCCCCGCCUUAUCGAUGCCGCCGCCGCCACUGCCCCUUCCUCCCGUUUCUACUUCUAAUGGCACCACCAGACCCAGAAGGGAAGCUUCUUCCUUUCUUUCAAACAGGACUUUAGAAGAGCGAUCUGGUCGUGUAGGAAAUGGGUCACCAUCAAGAAACGGUGGCAGGGUGCUGCCGAGAUCUACGGCGGGGAAACGAUCUCCUCCUCCUGAAAAACAUGAUAGAAAGGUGAUGCUUUGUUCUGGGUCAGCAAAAGAUGAGAAGCCAAAUGGAUCCUCUGAUCGUGUUGGGAUUGCUAAUCACACACUGUUGGAGCAGGAAUCCCGCCGUAGUAACGCUGCUGCUCCAUUGGGAGGAGGAGGAGGAGGAGAAAAGGUGAAUUUUGAAGUGACUGAGUGGCCCAGGAUUUACAUUUCUCUGUCGAGAAAGGAGAAAGAAGAUGAUUUCCUUGCAAUGAAAGGCACAAAGCUCUCUCAGAGACCCAAGAAAAGAGCCAAGAAUAUUGAUAAAGCUCUACAGUAUUGUUUUCCAGGGAUGUGGCUGUCGGACUUGACAAGGAAUCGAUAUGAGGUUCGGGAGAAGAAAUGUGUGAAGAAGCAAAAGCGAAGGGGUCUGAAAGGAAUGGAGAGCUUUGACAGUGAAUCCGAGUAGGGGGAAAGUUAUUCAAUUUUGCCAUCUCUCUGUCUCUCUCUGUGAAGUCACAAAGCAAUUAUGUCUGUGUAUAGUUGGUGUGAUUGGGGUCCACAAACCACCACCACCUUUUGCAAUUCUAUCUGCUCCAUUGAUGAGUGUAUUACUUGAGUUAUUACUGUUAAUGAUAUCAUAUAUGAGGUGAGGUUGAGAGAUACAGAAGGUUGAGAUCCUUAUGGUAGGGUACUAUAAUAUCAUGAACUUGAUCCCUAUAAUGUCAACACACAGUGAGACAAAGGGGUCAGAGGCUGUGGAGACAUGAAAAUCGAGAGGUUUCAGGCUCAGCAUCCUUUCAGAGAUGAUGGUCCCACUGACGUAUAAGAGCUUUAUCACCAUCUUAACUCA